UUCGUUGGCUUUUUGUAUUUUUGCUGCCAUCGGCGGCAUGAGAAUUGGUGAGACACUGAGACGACAUGAAUCGCUCUCUUGUGCAACUUCUCGACAAAAUCCAGUGUCUGAAGUCCCUGAAAUCUCUAAACGCCCUUCUUAUCAUCGACGGUUCCAUCUGUUCCUCGGACAUUAUCCUCAACAAACUCAUCAGAAUCUACAGUCGAUUCGGCGCCACAGAUGAUGCCCGUAAGCUGUUUGAUGGAAUUCCUGACCCAAACCCCUUUCUCUGGACGGCUCUGAUUCACGGGUAUGUCGAGAAUCGUCAGUAUCUGGAAGCUUUUCAUUUGUUUCGGAGGAUGCUAAUGGAUUCAGUGGCACCCUUGAAUUUCACAGUUGCUUCGGUUCUCAAGGCUUUAGCGCGGGAAGGGAGAGUGGAAAAUGGGGAGGCUCUUUGUGGAUUUCUGUGGAAGACGGGUCUCGGUCUUGAUUUGGUCGUCCAAAAUGCAUUGCUUGAUGCUUUCAUGCGAUUUGGUAAAGUUGAUACCGCAAGGAGAUUAUUUGAUGAAAUGGAUGAAAAAGAUACUGUCUCUUGGAAUUCGAUGAUUGCAGGUUUCGGAAAUAAUGGAAGAAUAGAUAUCGCGCGUGAAUUGUUUGAUGCGAUGCCUGAAAAGAAUGUUAUCUCAUGGACGAGCUUGAUUUCUGGGUAUAUCAAAGAUGGGAAAAUGCUAGAGGCGAGCGGUCUUUUCCAUAGAAUGCCUAAAAGAGAUGCAGCUUCUUUCAAUGUGGUGAUCUCGGGGUAUAUUGAUGCUGGUGAUAUGGUUGCUGUUCGUAAAAUCUUUGAUUCAAUGCCAGUACCUGAUUCCGGUUCAUGGAAUUUGAUGGUUUCUGGGUUUUGUCGUGCUGGGAAUAUAGAUGCUGCGAAAGAGUUCUUCGAGAAAAUGCCAAACAGGACUGUCGCAUCUUGGUCUAUAAUGAUAGAUGGGUAUAUGAAAGCUGGUGAUGUUGAUACUGCGAGGUCAUUAUUUGAUCAAAUGCCGCAAAAGAAUCUUGUCUCUUGGUCCAUUAUGAUUGAAGGGUAUGCUCGGAAUGGAAAACCAGGUGAAGCUUUGAAACUUUACGCACAAUUCAAAGAAAAGGGCAUAAAGCCAGAUGAAACGUUUAUAUUGGGAGUCAUUUCAGCUUGUUCCCAGUUAGGGAUUAUAAGUAAAGCAGAAUCUAUGGUCUUGGAAUUCUUAGGACCUUCUGCUUUUUCCAACUUGCAGAUAGUGACCAGUUUGAUUGAUAUGUACGCGAAAUGCGGAAGCGUUGAAAAGGCAAGGCAACUGUUCAGUAUGGUUCAUAAAAAGGAUCUACUAUGUUACACUACGAUGAUUCAAGCUCUUGCUAAUCAUGGGUUGUGUCGCGAAGCCAUUUCCAUGUUCGAUGAGAUGGUGAAGGCAAAAAUAGCCCCUGAUGGUGUAUCAUUUCUUGGGGUUUUAACAGCGUGUAACCAUGGAGGCCUUGUUGAUGAAGGGAGAGAGUAUUUCAAGCAGAUGAAAGAUGAAUGCAGAAUCCAACCAUCGGGAAAACACUAUGCAUGCAUCGUAGAUCUUCUUGGCCGUGCUGGGUUGCUUCAAGAAGCAUAUGAUAUGAUAUGUAGUAUGCCAAUGGUGCCUCACGCAGUUGUUUGGGGGGCGUUGCUUGCUGCUUGUAGGGUUUGUGGCAACGUUGAAUUGGCAGAAAUAGCAGCUGCUGAACUGUUCAAAAUUGAGCCUGAGAAUUCAGGAAAUUAUAUUCUCCUGUCGAAUAUCUAUGCUGCUAAGGGCAGGUGGGAUGGGGUUGCGAAGAUGAGAACUAUGAUCAAAGAACAUAGGGUCAAAAAGAGUAGAGGUUCAAGCUGGAUUGAACUAGGAGGUAGAAUUCAUGAGUUUGUGAUGGGAGAUACAUCACAUGUCGAUACUGAAGGCUUAUGCACCAUCUUGGCUUUGCUUGGCAAUGAUAUGAAAUUCCUAUGGGACACGGACGGCAUAAAAAAAGGAGAAUUUUUCUCCUUUUCUUAGCAAAAAAUAUGUCUCGGAUGGUGGAUGAACCGAAUUUGACACUGAACAAGGAAGUGGAAUUCUACUACAAGCAAGUGUUAUUGCUAUGCUUUAUUGAUAUCAUCGUUACUCUUUUGGAAACUUCGUCUCCUCCAGACUAAUUUGAGGUUUCAUCUUUUUUUUUUCUCUGUUUCAUAUUCUAAUUUUGAGGUAGAAACCAUAUUUUUAACCAUCUUGUAGAUCAUUGAUGCUGUUGUGCAUGUAUGGAGUUCCCAGAAAAUAGAGCUCGUGGAACAUUCAAGACUAAAUUUUCUAGCACAUAGGAAGAAGAAAGAAUAUGCCUCUAGACCAAAGAAUCUUAAGGCAAGCUUUUGUUUUAGGAAACCAAAGUUCAAUGAACCUAUAGCAUCUCUAACAGAUUUCUGAGUCUCGAGAAAUUUUUAAUGUUUAAGUUAUUGCAAGUUGAUAUUAUUUUAAGUGGUAGUUGAGGACAAGCCAGCCAGUCAGUAGAUUUACUUGUUUAAAUUGUGGGGGACCAGAGUAUCUUAUCCUUUAUCCCGAAUCAAACUAUUUAUAAUGCAAACAUAAACAAGGCCCCAAAAAUCUUCUCAUUGCUCGAUAAGAUUUCCCAAUAGUUAAUUAUUUUUCUUUCGGGUUCUUUUAUCUGUGAAACAGCUAUAGUCUAAGGAAAAGAGACUAGAAUCCAAGAAAUUACUUCAUAGCCAUCUCUCUCUUUCCCCUGUUUAUCUGCAAGUAGUUUGGUUAUCUCUGAGCCAUCUUGUAUGAGAAUCACUGACUAAAGUAGUGUUUAGAGAAGAUACUAACACCAGCAGUGUUAUUUGGAGUUUUGGACUGAAACUUGCUUCAAUGUUUAUUUGGAUUACAUCAUUGCUCUUGUUACUGUCCCCCAACUUAAAAUCCAGACAGAU